AUGGAGAGCACUACCUUGAGCCAAAGUGUGGAGUCACCCAGUUCAGAGCCCAUCACGAGCAAGCCCGUUAAAAUUAAAGAGGACUGCUGUGACACAGAGUUGGUAGCCAAGGAUAUUAAGUCCCGUCUGAGUCUUGUGAACAGCGAGCACUGUGAUCGAAAGCAAACUCAGAGCAAUGGACUUGGUCAGAUGAAUGGGAGCUGUGAACCUAAUGCCAGUGCUGAGCUUCAGACCAAGUCUCUGGAAACUAGUCAUGUUAAUCAACAAUCAGAUAAGGAAGAGGGAUCUUCUCAGACAAGAAGAGACAGUGGUAUCGAUUAUGUUAGCUAUACAAGUGAACUGCAAAUGCCAGAUAUUAUGAAAUUAAUACAGAAGGACUUGAGUGAACCCUACUCCAUAUACACAUACAGAUACUUUAUUCACAACUGGCCAAAAUUGUGUUUUCUGGCAAUGGACGGAAAAGAGUGCGUUGGUGCUAUAGUAUGUAAGCUGGAUAUACACAGAAAAGUGACAAAGCGAGGAUACAUAGCGAUGCUGGCAGUGGACAUAAAGUAUAGAAAACGAAGAAUUGGCUCAAAUCUGGUGAGGCGAGCAAUCCAGGUGAUGAUUGAAGAUGAUGCGGAUGAAGUUGUGCUCGAGACUGAGAUCACCAACCACUCAGCUUUGCGGCUUUAUGAGAACCUUGGCUUUGUGCGCGAUAAAAGAUUAUUCCGCUACUACCUGAAUGGUGUAGAUGCUCUAAGACUUAAGCUGUGGCUCAGAUGA